AUGUACGUUCGGUUGUGGAUGAAGAUAGCUUGGAUGGGUACUCGGACAAAGACCACUAAGAAUUAUCCAGUGAUGCCCGUUUCUUGUAUCAAAUUUCUCGUUACUUAUGCCCUUUUUGAAGUUUGUACAGUGUUGUACUACGAGUUUGCACGUGUUGUUCUUUGCGGUACUACAUCGAUUGCGGCCAGUUCCUUACUCUCUUCUGCCCACCACCGUCAGCUGGAUGCAAGCCAGAUAGCAACCAGCUCAACAUCCUUUCCAAAUGACUACGGAUGCCUGAUGAUGGCUUUGACCCAUACAAAGGAGCCAAACGGGAAUUUCGAUCUCGACUUUCUGUAUGGUCGGGAUGAUUGGGAUGAUGGUGGAGCUGCUCACACAAUCACCCACCCACCUUACCGUGAUUUAUUCAAGAUACACCGGACACCGGAUCUGACUUCGAUGCGAAGGGGUGAAAUACCUCACACUGGCAUGGUGCAUGUAGACUCUAGGCCCCGCAAGAAGUGUGAGACGCACAUCGAGGCAAAUAUCAAUGCCCUCAACACCAUAUGUGGUCCCACGACCUCUCACAACUCCCGAUGGACCAAGUACCGUUGCUGCCGACACAGCACCAGCGCCUGCGAUGGACACUGUACCAAUGAAAUUCAAAUAGGAGCCGAUGUUCGUGCGCAGAUUGAACAAUAUCACAGUGUGUCUCAAUCACUCAGCAUUGCCCGCGGGAAAAUCGUAGAAAUCGCGCGCAGUGGAGUCCCUUAUGCGUACGAGCUAUACCGCUCGGGAAAUGAUACAUCGGGGCGCACACCGAUACAAUAUCAGAUACACAUCGUCACUGCACUUGUCAACUCAUUAUCGUUCAUGCACUCUUACCGUUUCGAUGCGGCAUGUUUUUUUUUUGGUUUUUUAAGAUACGAGCACUUCCUUGACGAGUCGCUGCUGCAGAAGCUUUGGUAUGUUGUUGCGACUGCUGGCGCAGCGGUCCACUGCGUACUGCAGGAGCAGGGGCUCAUAAACCCAACUGUUGACCCUUUCUCGGGCCUCGGCCACCACAAUAAGUUUAUCAAAAUCAUCAACACUCUCGAUGGCCUCGAGGGAGAAGAGAAAAUUACCUUUGAGGCUUACAUCCUUGAUAUUCUCGAGGUUGGACCAUUGCAGAUGCGCACUGUUGCCGAAGCUGAUAACGAUGAUCUACAAAUCACAUUCUGUGAAAGCUCCUUGCUGAAUCUGUUCCCUAACGACUACCGUAAAAUUCUGACACAACUCUUGUCAGAGAUAUGUGCCAUAUAUGUAAUGAUGUUCAAGUGUCGCCUUGGUACCAACCAUGGCAGUUUAUGUUCUGUGCACGUGCAUGAAGAGGCCAUCCACCAAUUAGACAUCCUCAUCAUGGCCCACCAAGGCACUAGUGAUGAAGCAAUCAAAUUGAAUUCCUUUAACAGCCAAUGGAUAAAUAGAGGCCUCGGUCAAGAUCUGUUUGCCUGCCGAUAG